CUUCGUGAACAUGGAGACUGCUCGAACAAGUUGCUCGUUUCUCUUGCUGUUGGUGUUCACCUGUGAUGGGUUCCAUGUCCUCGGUCCUUCUGGUCCUCUCACUGUCCAGCUGGGAGGCUCAGUGAUGCUGCCCUGCUUUGUAGAAAUUCCUCUACCAAUGAAAGAACUGGAAGUGGAGUGGAAAAGAAACGACUCUGGAUCUCUAGUGCACUUGUGGCAGGACGGAGAGAGUCGACCAGAGUCUCAGGACCAGCGUUAUCAUGAAAGAGCUCAUUUCUUCACAGAGGAGAUAACUCAUGGGAACUUCUCUCUGCUCCUUACAAAUGUGACUCGAGACGAUGCAGAAGUCUAUAAGUGUGUCGUUUACACAAACCAGGAAUCUGAUGAAACUCUGAUUAAAAUAAAGGAGAUUGAGCGCUUUAUUGUGUCUGGAGACACCAACAUAUCAGCGAACAUAGGUGAAGAUAUCACUCUGACCUGCUCUGUAGACUCACAUAUCCCAGCAGAAAUUAUAGAAGAGAUCUCAUGGAAGAAAUUGGAAGAUGAAGAUAUUUUAGUGCUGCUCUAUCAGGAGGGUAAGGUCCUAACAGACUCGUCCCAUGAGAGAUACAAAGACAGAGUGGAGUUCUUCAGCGCUGAGGAAAGGAACAAAGGAAACUUCUCAAUGAAAGUGAAGAAUGCUAGAACUGAGGACAUCGGGCUGUAUAUAUGUGAAGCAUUCUCUGGGGAAUUAUCAGCCAAAACGAAAGUGGAAGUGGUAUUGGGUUUUUCUCCUAUGCAUAUUGCAAUUUGUUUUCUUUGUACACUUUGUGUAUUUGGAUUACUUAUCCUAAGCUUCCCAUCUUUUACAUCUUUAAAAAGUAAUGAGAGAAGACCUAUCCACUGGGCACAUGUCCUUUUUCCUAACAUUACUAUGGCCAUUGCCUUCAUCCUUUGGGGAAUUGAUGAUGGGUUUUUACCUGAGGCUGCUACUUGCUUGGCUCUUAAUCUUCUAAGAAUUCCUUGCCUUUUUUGGAGGGCUCCAUAUUUAAAAACAGGGAAAAGCCUGCAAUGA